CGCGAUGUACAAUACAGUGUGGAGUAUGGACCGCGAUGACGCAGACUGGAGGGAGGUGAUGAUGCCCUAUUCGACAGAACUGAUAUUUUAUAUUGAAAUGGAUCCUCCAGCUCUUCCACCAAAGCCACCUAAGCCAGUAACGUCAGCAGUUACAAAUGGAAUGAAGGACAGUUCUGUUUCUCUUCAGGAUGCAGAAUGGUACUGGGGAGAUAUUUCAAGGAAGGGAGGCAAUAAUAAGUUAAUAAAGAUCUAUCAUCGGGAUGGUAAAUACGGCUUUUCUGAUCCUCUGACAUUUAAUUCUGUGGUGGAGCUCAUUAACCACUAUCAUCAUGAAUCUCUUGCUCAGUACAAUCCCAAACUUGAUGUGAAGCUGACAUACCCAGUGUCCAGAUACCAACAGGAUCAGUUGGUAAAAGAAGAUAACAUUGAUGCAGUAGGUAAAAAACUGCAAGAGUACCACUCUCAGUAUCAGGAAAAGAGUAAAGAGUAUGAUAGGCUAUAUGAAGAAUAUACCAGAACAUCCCAGGAAAUACAGAUGAAGAGGACUGCAAUUGAAGCUUUUAAUGAAACAAUUAAAAUAUUUGAGGAACAAUGUCACACACAAGAACAACACAGCAAAGAAUAUAUUGAGCGAUUUCGCAGAGAGGGGAAUGAAAAGGAGAUUGAACGAAUUAUGAUGAAUUAUGAUAAAUUGAAAUCCCGUCUGGGUGAGAUUCAUGAUAGCAAAAUGCGUCUAGAGCAGGAUUUGAAGAAACAAGCUUUGGACAACCGAGAAAUAGAUAAAAAAAUGAAUAGUAUCAAACCUGACCUGAUACAGCUGCGCAAGAUCCGAGAUCAGCACCUUGUAUGGCUCAAUCACAAAGGGGUGAGACAGAAGCGCCUGAAUGCAUGGCUGGGAAUCAAGAAUGAGGAUGCUGAUGAGAACUAUUUUAUCAAUGAGGAAGAUGAAAACCUGCCCCAUUAUGAUGAGAAAACCUGGUUUGUGGAGGAUAUCAAUCGAGUUCAAGCAGAGGAUUUGCUUUAUGGGAAACCUGAUGGUGCAUUCUUAAUUCGUGAGAGCAGCAAGAAAGGAUGCUAUGCUUGCUCUGUGGUUGCCGAUGGGGAAGUGAAGCACUGUGUGAUCUACAGCACUGCUCGGGGCUAUGGCUUUGCAGAGCCCUACAACCUGUACAGCUCUCUGAAGGAGCUGGUGCUCCAUUACCAGCAGACAUCCCUGGUUCAGCACAACGACUCCCUCAACGUCAGGCUUGCCUACCCUGUCUAUGCACAGAUGCCCUCGCUCUGCAGAUAA